AUGAGUAGGGCUGUUUUGGAGCGUGAUGUGAAUGAGUCAGGCAAAGUGCCAUUCCAUGUCAGCUUGCCUACAGCAGCAAUGUGGGAUCAUGAACCAAAGUGCCAAGCUUUGAUGCGUGAAGCAAUGGUGUGGUGCCAGCAAGUCACAGGGCACGACCCGAAGCACUCGUGCAUGUUUGGCGAUAUUUUGGAGAUGCUGCCGGGCUCAUUGGCAGAAUAUUCCACAUAUGAGUCAAAGCUUGCAAUGACAAAGUCAUGGUCAUUGAAGCGUUCCUGCAAGUGCAUGUCGCAUGGGGCCUUUUGCAGUCCUUUCAAGCCGAGCUGUAUCGAUGUUUCGGGGCUACCGUGCCCCGACUUUUCAAGGGCAGGCUUGCAACGAGGGCGCCACGGCCCUACCAUCCCAGUGUACAUGACGCACGGGCGAUGGGCAAAGGAGAGUCGAACGCCCUUGCUCCUAGUGGAGUGCACACCUGAUUUGGACAUUGAUAUGCUUCAAGAUUGCCAUCCAGGGUACAGCUGGCACCAGAUGUACUCAGAACCUGGAGAUUUCGGGUUUUCAGCCACAGCCCGGAAAAGGACUUGGGUGAUAGGAUCCAACGACAACAGAAACAUCUGCAGAGCAGAUCCAUAUGAACUCUUGGAUGAAAUCAAGAUUGCCAUGAAGGAUGUGCACGUGCGAGUGCGGGACUAUCUCGUGGCCAGUGAAGCAGAGGUGCACAUGGAAGCGCUUCGCGUUGCAAACCUGAAAAGAAUGGACAAUUUCCGUCCUGGCAUUGACCCCAUGUCAUUAUUGCUGAACCUGAGAGAAGUUCAGACAAUGUCAGAGCUCAACCAAAAGUACCACUCAAGGACCGGCUUCCCAGCAAAGACUGACAGGGACCUAGCUUACUUUCUUGGAGAUAGUGCAACCUAUUGUUCAUGGAGCGCAGCAAGUGGCAAGCUGCCCACAUACCGCCUGACGCAAGGGCGGUUUUGGCUUCCAGCCGUACAACGGUGGCUGACGUCCAAGGAAAGAUUAUGCUCGAUGGGCUACCCAGUAGUGAAAGAAAUGAGCCUCGGCAUGGGGCAGGUGCCUUUGGUAGGGGCCGUGGACCCUGAGAAAGCAGCUGAGCGGCUUGGCAACGCCAUGCACUUCACCACUUCCGGCAUUUUUCAAUGCAUAGCUCUAUCAUGUUUUGGCCCACAAUAG